AUGCAGGCGGCGGAAGGUGACGGACCCAAACCUCUACGCCUUGGAAGGACCAAGAUUCUUUCGAGCCUGAAGACGUCUUCGUUGGCGGCGGCGCCACGCGCGAAGCAAAGCCGGGCAGCCUGUAAGGUGGUGAGCUGGCUCUCAUGUGGCGUGAUCUUCAGGGGUCCCGCGCCACUUCACGAGGUACUGGGCUGCAUCUCCCGAGCUGCGUUGGUCCAUAACAUAAUCGACUUCAUAUUCCUCUGUUGGAUUGCCUGUCGCACUGCGGCUAGGAGGCCAGGCGGCGUCGGCUUCCGGGAGAACCAAAUCGGGAGGUCGGCGAAGGUGGUGUAG